AUGGAGAGAAGAAGUAUUAGGUGUGGGGGCUACAGGGAGCUCCAAAUGGAUCAUCAAGCGAAAAAACAUCUCCAAGAGGAAUUUGAUGCAUCUUUAGAGGAGAAAGAUCAGUAUAUCAGUGUUCUCCAAACUCAGGUUUCUCUACUGAAACAACGAUUACAAAAUGGCCCAUUGAAUGUUGAUAUACAAAAACCACUCUCUCAGAUGGAAGCACAGGCCGAAAUUGACCGUAAAGAAGAACACACAGAGGAUGAUGUAGAGCCAGUAGUAGGAGAUGCUGUUUCAGCUAAAACAUUGGAAACACUUUGGCAAAGAGUUAAGCGUCAAGAGAAUCUUCUUCAGCGUUAUAAGGAAACAAUUCAGUCACAUAAGGAACAAUGUACACUACUGACCAGUGAAAAAGAAGCACUGCAAGAACAACUAGAUGAGAGGCUUCAAGAACUAGAAAAGAUGAAGGAGCUUCAUAUGGCUGAGAAGACUAAACUUAUCACACAGUUGCGUGAUGCAAAGAACUUAAUUGAACAGCUUGAACAAGAUAAGGGAAUGGUAAUAACAGAGACAAAACGUCAGAUGCAUGAAACCCUGGAAUUGAAAGAAGAAGAAAUCGCUCAACUUCGUAGUCACAUCAAACAGAUGACUACCCAGGGAGAGGAAUUACGGGAACAGAAAGAAAAGUCUGAAAGAGCUGCUUUUGAGGAACUUGAAAAAGCAUUGAGUACAGCCCAAAAAACAGAAGAGGCACGGAGAAAGAUGAAGGCAGAAAUGGAUGAGCAGAUAAAAGCUAUUGAAAAAACAAGUGAGGAGGAACGCAUCAAUCUUCAACAUGAAUUAAAUCGGGUGAAACAGGAGGUUGUUGACAUAAUGAAAAAAUCCUCAGAAGAACAAAUUGCUAAACUACAGAAGUUGCAUGAAAAGGAACUGGCCAAUAAAGAGCAGGAAUUGAUCAAGAAGUUUCAGACCCAAGAACGGGAAUUGCAGGAACAAAUGCAGAAGGCUCUUGAAAAAAGUCAGUCAGAAUAUCUGAAGAUCACUCAAGAAAAAGAGCAGCAAAAUUCUUUGGCCCUGGAAGAGUUAGAGUUGCAGAAAAAAGCAAUCCUUAUAGAGAAUGAAAAUAAACUUCAGGACCUUCAGCAAGAAACAGAAAUUUAUAGAACUAGAAUACUUGAAUUGGAAAAUUCUUUGGAAAAAAGUAUACAAGAAAGCAAAAAUCAAUCAGAAUAUCUAUCUGUUCAUUUGGAAGCUGAAAAAAAUAAGCACAAUAAAGAGAUUACAGUCAUGGUUGAAAAACACAAGACUGAAUUGGAGAGUCUGCAGCAUCAGCAGGAUAACUUUUGGACAGAAAGACUCCAAGUCUUAAAGCAACAGCAUCAGACUGACAUGGAAAAACUUAGAGAAAAGUGUGAACAAGAAAAAGAAACAUUAUUGAAAGACAAAGAGAUUCUUUUCCAGGCCCACAUAAAAGACAUGAAUGAAAAGACUUUAGAAAAGCUUGAUGUAAAACAAACAGAGUUGGAAUCAUUAUCUUCUGAACUGUCAGAAGUGUUAAAAACCCGUCACAAGCUAGAAGAGGAACUUUCUGAUCUAAGGGAUCAAGCAGUUAAAAUGAAGCAAGAUUUAGAGGCCCAGCUGGAUGAGCAGAAAAAUCAUCACCAGCAAGAGGUUGAUAAUAUCAUUAAAAAACAAGAAAUAACUAUCCAGAGAACUGAGAAGGCAUUAAAAGAUCAAAUUAAUGAACUGGAGCUUCUUCUGAAGGAAAAGGACAAGCAUUUGAAAGAACAUCAGGCUCAUGUAGAAAAUUUAGAUGCAUGUAUUAAAAGAUCUGAAGGGGAGCUUCAGCAGGCAUCUGCUAAGCUAGAUCUUUUUCAGUCACACCAGAGUACCAUACAUGAACAAUCAAAAGCAUAUGAGAAACAGUUGGUCCAAUUGCAGCAACAGUUAUUGGAUUUGGAAACAGAAAAAAAACUUCUUAUCAAACAGGUAGCUGAAGUUGAAAAACAAAAGAAGGAUGUUUGUAUGGAGUUAGAUACUCACAAAAUCCAGGUACAGGGCUUAAUGCAGCAACUUGAAAAACAGAAUAGUGAAACAGAGCAGAAAGUAAAAUCUUUAGCUGAACUCUAUGAAUCUCAACUUAAAGAUAGUAACAUUAAGCAGGAACAGACAAAGCAAAUCUUGAUGGAAAAAGAAAAUAUAAUUUUACAAAUGAGAGAAGAACAGAACAAAGAAAUUGAGAUACUCAGACAGAAAUUGUCAUCCAAGGAGGACAGUGUUAGUACAUUGCAUAAGGAAUAUGAAACCAAAUUUAAAAAUCAAGAUGAAAAGAUGGAAAAAAUUAAGCAAAAAGCAAAAGAGAUACAAGAAACAUUGAAGAAGAAAUUGUUGGAUCAGGAAGCUAAACUUAAAAAAGAGCUCGAAAAUACUGUUCUAGAGCUUAGUCAGAAAGAAAAACAAUUCAAUGCCAAAAUGUUGGAAAUGUCACAGGCUAACUCAGCUGGAAUCGAUGCAAUAUCAAGACUGGAAACAAACCAAAAAGAGAAAAUAGAAAGUCUUACUGAGGUGCAUCAGCAAGAACUCAGAGAUGUCAUAUCAAGCUGGGAAAAGAAACUUAAUCAGCAAGCUGAAGAACUUCAGGAAAAACAUGAAGUUCAAUUACAGGAGAAGGAACAACAGGUAGCAGAACUGGAGCAAAAAUUCCUCAUAUUUGGGUGUGAAAAGGAAGAGAUGAAGAAGGAAAUGGCAUGGCUGAAGGAAGAAGGUGUUAAGCAAAAUGCAACAUUAAAUGAAUUACAGGAACAGUUAAAGCAGAAGUCUACUGAUCUGUCUUCUCUCUCAGAAAAUGAAACUAAAUUGAAAGAACAGCUUGAAAAGGUAAUGGUUGACUUGAAACACUCUCUGAAGGAAAAGACUUUCCUUCAAGAGCAGCUAGUUGAACUGAAAAUGCUGACAGAAAAAGAUAAGCUUAAGAUUUCUGAGUUGACAAACAAGUUGAAAAUCACAGAGGAGGAAUUCCAGAAUUUAAAAUCUUUACAUGAGAGAUGUAAGAAAAGCGUAGAAGACAAAAGCUUGGAAUUAAAAAUACUGCCUGAGGAACUAGCCUGUCAGCUAGACAGUUAUUGUAAAAAUAUGGAAGCUUUAUUAGAGGCUAAAACAAGUGAGCUAAUCAACAGUAGUAGUAGUAAAACUAAUGCCAUUCUUUCUAGGAUUUCCCAUUGCCAAGGCCACACAGAUAAAGUUAAGGAGGUACUGCUAAUGAAAACUCGCAAAAUUUCUGAAUUAGAAGCACACCUUACACAGCUAACAGAGGAGCAAAAUACACUAAAUAGUUCUUUUCAACAGAUUACCCAUCAGUUAGAAGAAAAAGAAAAUCAAAUUAAAAGCAUGAAGGCUGAUAUUGAAGGACUUGUAACAGAAAAAGAAGCCUUACAGAAAGAAGGAGGAAAUCAGCAACAGGCUGCCUCUGAAAAGGAGUCUUGUAUCACACAGUUGAAGAAAGAGUUAUCUGAAAAUAUCAAUGCUGUCACAUUGAUGAAAGAAGAGCUUACAGAAAAAAAAUCUGAGAUUAGCAGUCUUAGUAAACAACUAACUGACUUGAAUACUCAACUUCAGAACAGUAUCAGCGUAAGUGAAAAAGAUGCAGCCAUUUUAUCACUAAGUAAACAUUAUGAAGAUCAGCAACGUGAAUGGCAGGAUCAAGUGCAAAAUUUAUCUUUGGAAGUUGAUACUCUGAGUAAAGAGAAAGUUUCUGCUCUUGAGCAGGUUCACCAUUGGUCCAACAAAUUUGCAGAAUGGAAGAAAAAAGCACAGUCAAAAUUUACACAGUAUCAAAACACUAUUAAAGAAAUUCAGGUGCAGCUGGAGUUAAAAACAAAAGAAGUUAAAGUAAAGGAUGAGCAGAUAAAUUUAUUGAAGGAAGACCAUGAUCAGCAAAAUAAAAGAUUUGAAUGUUUAAAGGGUGAAAUGGAAGAUAAGAAAAACAAGAUGGAGAAAAGAGGGUAUAAUUUGGAGACUGAGUUAAAGAGGCAGACAGCAAAGAUCAUAGAAUUAGAGGACCUUAUUACUCAAAAAGAAAUUGAAAUUGAGUCUUUAAAUGAAGUACUUAAAAAUUACAAUCAACAAAAAGAUAUUGAACAGAAAGAAUUGGUUCAAAAACUGCAAUACUUUAAAGAGUUAGGGGAAGAAAAGGCCAAUAGAGUUAAAGAAGCUGAGGAAAAAGUGUUAAGGCUUGAAAAGCAAGUAGCUUCCUUGGAAGAUGAACUUGAAAUUUUGAAGAAAGAAUUAGAACAUGUGUAUUCAAGUGUGAAAAGCAAAGAAGAGGAGUUACUUUCAUUGGAAGAUAGACUUGAGUUAGAAAAUGCAGCAAAAUUUGCAGAACUGAAAAAAAAAGCUGAACAAAAAAUUGCUGCCAUCAAGAAGCAGUUGUUAUCCCAAAUGGAAGAGAAAGAACAGCAGUAUAAAAAAGGUGCAGAAAGCCAGGUGAGUGAGCUAAAUACAAAAUUGCAAGAAAGAGAAAGAAAAGUUCAUAUCUUGGAAGAAAAACUUAAAUCACUGGAAAGUUUUCCACAAUUAGAAACAUCAGUUGUAUCCAGAUUGGUAGAAAAUGUGACAGUGUGUAUUGAGCAAGAAGCAGGUCCAGAGGGCUGUAUGCAGAAGGCAUGUGGAGAAAAACUCAGUGCUUUACAGAGAAAGUUAAUUGAAAAAGAAAAGCUGUUACAGAGACUAGAGCAAGGAAAAGAAGAAAUAAUUGCAUCUCAUUCUGAAACUCAAUGCAAGUACCAGGAACUCUUAAAAAAGUUAGAAUGUGCUGAAGCAAAGCAACAUGAGGAUCAAGUUGUUAUAGAUCAUCUUCAAAAAGAACUUGAAGAAAUAAAGAAAUAUUCCUUAAUAGUACCCCAGCAUAUGGAAGAAGUGGAAAGUAAGUCUAUCGUUGGGGCAAAGCAAAACUGGGAAAAUGUGAUUGAUGAUGUCCAGAAAAACCUCCACAAAAAAGAACUAACCUGUCAGACCCUGGAGCAAAGGAUAAAGGAACUGGAUUCCUGUUUAGUGAAAGAGAAGGAAGUACAUAGAAUUGAAAUAGAAGAGUUGACCUUAAAAUACAAAAAAUUGCAGACUUUAUAUCAACAGAUAGAUGGAAAAAAUAAACCCACAGAAGUUUUGGAAGACAAUAUUGAAGAAACUUCCAAAUCUCAUGUGGUCCAACCCAAAUUGCUUAGUAACACGGAAGCCCAGAACAAUGACCUGGAGUUUAAAUUAGCAGGGGCAGAGCAGGAAAAGCAGAAGAUGGGCAAAGAGAUUAUUAGAUUGCAGAAAGACCUUCGAAUGUUGAGGAAAGAACAUCAGCAAGAACUGGCAAUAUUAAAGAAAGAAUGUGAACAAGAACUGGAGGAAAAAAUCAAACAGGAGCAGGAAGAUCUUGAGUUGAAGCACAAUUCCACAUUGAAACAUCUGAUGAGGGAAUUCAAUACCCAGUUUGGCACAAAAGGAACAGGAGCUGGAAAUGACCAUAAAAGAAACUAUCAACAGGCCCAGGAGGUGGAAGCUGAACUUUUUGGAAAAGCAUCAGAAGAGAUAACCAAGUUACAUAAAAAAAUUGCAGAAAAAGAUGAUGAUCUUAAAAGAACAGCCAAAGAUAUGAAGAAAUCUUUGACGUACCUUAUUUUUUUUCUCUUUUGA